AUCAAACGGCUGAGAUAUAACGCGAAGCCCGUUCACCAGAACUGGGGUGUACCGUACCUGAUUACUCCCUUUGUGAUUCCUGUGAAACUCAUUUCAUUUCAUUAGGGUGAGAGAGAAUUAUCAAAGGUGAAACGAAGAAGCCCUAACUACGCACGCAUUCGUGAGAAAACUCAAUAUUCGUCGCUCAUGGCACUCUCUUCUCGUCUCUUUUCCAAAUCCAAAUUGAUCUAUGGCAGUCAAAUACUUCUACAAAAGGAGCAUGCUAUUCCAGUUCGUCACUUUGCUAAAGAGUCUGCCCCUCCUGCCCUUAAGGGAGACGAGAUGCUGAAGAACAUUUUUGUGGAGGUGAAGAACAAAUUUGAGACCGCCAUAGGAAUAUUAAAGAAGGAGAAAAUCACCAUUGACCCAGAAGAUCCAGCUGCUGUUUCUCAUUAUGCAAAGGUCAUGAAAACAAUUAGAGAGAAGGCAAGCUUAUUGUCGGAGUCCCAAGACAUACUAUCCACCAUUGAAAUUGAGACACAGGAUAUUCCAGAUGCUCGGACCUAUCUUCUGACUUUGAAGGAAAUAAGAGUCAAGAGAGGUCUUACAGAUGAUCUUGGUGCGGAGGCUCUGAUGAUAGAUGCAUUGGACAAAGUUGAAAAGGAUUUAAAAAAACCUUUACUGAGAAAUGAUAAGAAAGGAAUGGACCUUCUCUUGGCUGAGUUUGAUAAGAUUAAUAAGAAACUUGGAAUUCGAAAGGAAGAUCUACCGAAGUAUGAAGAGGAGCUAGAACUUAAAGUAGCCAAAGCACAACUGGAGGAGCUGAAGAAGGAUGCUCUUGAGGCAAUGGAAACUCAAAAGAAGAGGGAGGAAUUCAAGGAUGAGCCUGAAUCAGUCGAUGUCAAAACUUUGGACAUCAGAAACUUCCUUUAAAUGUCUUAAGGAUGUUUUUGCACACUAGAAAUUAUUGCAUUUGGAUAAUGAUGAUGCUGUGUUCAAUAAGUAGACACCACUGGUUUGAAGUGCAACAUUGAUGCCAGUUUGAAGAUUCUUGAGUUUUUUCAAGGUCUUUUUGUAUUUCAAAUUCCAUGUUAAACUGGAAGUUGAGGGGAUCAAAUUUUCUAAAUUUUUCUUCUGUCAUGUUUCCCAAGUAUUUAUUCUUUCUUGAUAUUAUGGCUGUUCCCA